AUGUCACUGCGAAGGACGCCGCCUCUUCAAUCACCAAAAACAGACAGAAAUCUGGCUCAAUAUUCUUCUGAUCCCUCCCUAAACAGUACUAUAAGCAAAGAAGGCUUCCGCGCUAUUAACGAUAAUAUUAUUCAAAGAAUUAAACGGCCAAGAGAAGAACUAUCAUCACCCGAUCAGUUUUCAGUCUUUAAGGAUGAGAUUAAAGACCUGAUCAGCUCGUUAAUCCACGCCCAAAGUCAGCAACUUUCUUCUAUAACCUAUAAACUGAAUGAGAUAACGGAAUCAAACGCAAAAAUUGACUCAGCUAUCUCUCUUUUAACGGAACAAAACGAGGAGUAUCGUGGGAAAAUCGCGGUUCUCGAGGAACAGGCUCGAAAAGACCGCGAGUAUAUCAGUAUUUUAGAAGAUAAAGUGGAAGACCUACAACGAACCUCUCGCAAAGCUUGUGUAGAAAUUAAGAAUGUUCCUAAAAAGACCCAGGAAACUAGGGCUGUUCUAGUGCAAAUGGUCCUAAGUCUAUCUAAGUCUAUUCAAUUAAGUAUGACGGAUCGAGACGUCAACGAUAUAUUCCGUUUAAGACCCAGAGGUGAUAGCGAAAAAAAGCCUACAAUUAUAGUGGAAUUAAGGUCUGCAUCCCUGAGGUCCGACUUCCUUAAGAGAGUGAAGGAGUUUAAUGCUGCAAACGAGACACGACUACAGGCUAAACACUUAGGACUCACCAGUAAUGAACACACGCCUAUCUUCAUAUCCGAGCAACUUACCCCUAAGAGCGCCCGAUUGAUUGUUUUUUCUGGCCCGUGA